AUGUCCGACUCCCAGGAUCACAAGCACACGCAAUGUGCUCCAAUCACGGUUGAGUCCGGGUUAUUAUCCGGACUCCAUUUCCCAAACAACACAAGAGCUUUCCUGGGAAUUCCUUACGCAGCACCUCCGGUAGGGGACCUGCGGUGGCGACCACCACAACGCCCCCUACCAUGGACAGGCGUGCGGUCAGCUGUUCGAUUCGGACCCUGCAGUAUCCAGUUCCCGCCGCCGGCCACCUCCUUGUACUUCGGCGGGGAAACCGAGUUCAGCGAGGACUGUCUGUACCUGAACGUGUACACCGGCCCUGAAGGCGCUGAGAACAGGCCCGUUCUUGUCUGGUUCCAUUUUGGCGCCUUUCAGUUCGGGUCUGCCUCCAACCCCAUGUACGAUGGGACAAAGCUCGCUGCCGAAGGGAUCACGGUUGUCACUGUGAAUUACCGUCUAGGCCGAUUCGGAUUUCUCGCCCAUCCCCAGCUGAGCGCCGAGUCAGGUUACCAGGGAUCGGGGAAUUACGGAAUCCUGGACCAGAUCGCGGCGCUUGAGUGGGUACAACGGAAUAUCAGGCGAUUCGGGGGAGACCCCGGGAAUGUGACCAUAGGAGGAGCUUCGGCUGGGGGUGGCAGCGUCCACAUCCUUCGCUCCUCCCCGCUGGCCAAGAAGCUGUUUUCCAAGGCCAUUUGCGAGAGCGGGCCGGGCGUGGCACCGACGAUUGAUGGCCAUGGUCACAUUGCCACUUUCACGACUCUGGCUGCAGCAGAGGAGGCGGGGGCCGAGCUGCUAGAUCUCCUCGGGGUCGCAUCCAUCGCUGAACUACGCACCCUGCCUGCCCAGAAACUUAUGAUGGCACACUUGCCUCGUACUCAGGGGCCUUGGAAAGCCGAUCUGUGGCCGGGUUCCACCAGUCUGAGUGUGUUUGACACAUCGAAUCCUGUCAUCGACGGCCAUGUCCUUCCUGAAUCGCCCCUGACGGCAUUCCUAUCGUGCAAGGCAGUUGACGUGCCGAUGCUGGCCGGCAACGUCGGCAACGAAGCAUCUGGGAUGCCGCAUCUUGAUACACUGGCAAAUUACCAUGCUUUUGUGAAUGAAACUUUCGGAGACCACGCGGAAGAAGUGCUCCGUCUGUAUCCGGCGAACACUGACUCGGAAGUUCGGACUGCAACAUCGCAGCUCCUUGCUGACCAAGUCUUUGUCUGGCCAACGUGGACUUCCGCACGACUGCAAGCCGGGAAGUUGAAGUCGUCCGUGUGGUACUACCGAUUUCUGCGUGCGCCACCCAUUCCCCCGGACUCGGACGUGAUUGAGAAACGGUUUGCGGGCUCCUUUCACGGGGCGGGUGUCCCAUACGCGUUUGGCACCCUUGAUUCAUGGCAGUGGGACUGGACCAACGCUGACAGGGGGCUGUCGAGGAAUAUGUUGGAUGCUUGGGUACGAUUUAUGCGAACCGGGAGUCCGGAUGAUGCCCAGGAGCACGGAGAUAAUUGGCCUGCUUUCAGCCCAGGUUGUGAUCUGAUUAAGAUUUGGGAUGUUGAGCCACGGUUGGAGACUCCGGGAUCACAAUUCGUGGAGGUGAUGAAGUUUUGGGAUGGGUACUAUGGCGUCAACGAGUUCACUACAUAA